AUGUCAGCUAGAAAAGCCAAGAAGAUUGUUGGUAUUGGUCCCUCCAAACCAUGGAGCAAGGUUGAAGUAAAGAAGAGGAAGGUCAGAGAUGAUUCUGAGCCUGAAGAGGAUGUUGAGGAAGAAGUCACUGACAUCUCGCCUACAAAGAAAACUACUGUUAGGAAGUCACCUGUUAAAGUCCCUGUUGUUCAUUUGGAUAACAUCUCCUUCCAUCUUGAGGAUGGAGCUGCUAAGUGGAAAAUUGUGAUUCAGAGAAGGGUAGCUGUGGAAAGGGAGUUGGGAAAAGAUGUUGCUGAUGUCAAGGAGGUCAUGGACCUGAUAAAAGUUAUUUGGCUGUUGAAAACUGUUGAUGGGUUCUCUCCAUGCUAUGAAGGUUUAGUUAAGGAAUUUAUUGUUAACAUUCCUGGGGAUAUUUCUGAUAAGAACAACAAGGAGUUCUCCAAGGUGUAUGUGAGGGGUAAGCGUAUAACAUUCUCUCCUAUUGUUAUUAAUAACUUUCUAGGCAGAAAAAUUAAGGGUGCAGGAGAAUUAGAAGUUAUAGACAAUAAAGUCUGUAGGGAGAUUACAGCUAGGCAGGUGAAAGUUUGGCCUGUUAAAAAGCAUUUUCCUGCUAGGAAGUUGACUGUCAAGUAUGCUAUCCUGCAUAAAAUAGGAGCUACCAACUGGGUCCCUACCAACCAUAUCUCCAACAUUGCUAAUACUCUUGGGAGGUUUAUUUUUGCUGUUGGAACAAAAGUAAAAUUUGACUAUGGAAGUCAUGUCGAGGAUAUUGUCAUGACAUUUGCUGUGAAAAGGCCAGCCUCAAAAGUUGGAACAAUUGUUGAGCUUAAGGAGACGUGCAAAGAGCUAGGUGAAGGGAUAACGGUAUCCAUAUCUAGAAAACAAUCAUUGGAAACCUUGAUUGCAAGCUUGGAACAGGCUGAGGGUGAAAAUAUUGAUCAUGAUAAUGUCAGCCGUGAAGAAGAAGCUGAAGCCCACACCUCUAGUGAGUGGUCUUCAAACAAUGAUGAUGUUAGUGGCAAUUAUGGUUUUGGUGCUGAUGAAGAAGCUGCAAACUCAAGCUCUACUGAGUAG